AUGACCACAGUGCACGCCAGCACCGCCACCCAGAAGACCGUGGACGGGCCCCCCGGGAAGCUGUGGCGUGACGGCCGCGGGGCCGCCCAGAACAUCAUCCCCGCCUCCAGUGGCGCUGCCAAGGCCGUGGGCAAGGUCAUCCCUGAGCUGAACGGGAAGCUCACUGGCAUGGCCUUCUGUGUGCCCACCCCCAACGUGUCGGUCGUGGACCUGACCUGCCGCCUGGAGAAAGCUGCUAAGUAUGACGACAUCAAGAAGGUGGUGAAGCAGGCGUCCGAGGGCCCCCUGAAGGGCAUCCUGGGCUACACCGAGGACCAGGUCGUCUCCUGCGACUUCAACAGUGACACCCACUCCUCCGCCUUCGAUGCUGGGGCUGGCAUUGCCCUCAAUGACCACUUUGUGAAGCUCAUUUCCUGGUACAACAAUGAAUUUGGCUACAGCAACAGGGUGGUGGACCUCAUGGUCCACAUGGCCUCCAAGGAGUAAGAGCCCUGAAACCAGCGGCCCCAGCGAGAGCACCGGAGGAUGAGAGGCCCUCAGCUGCUGGGGAGUCCCUGCCCCCACUCAGUCCCCACCACACUGAGAAUCUGCCCCUCUUCACAGUUUCCAUCCCAGACCCCCUGGAGGAGGGGAGGGGCUUAGGGAGCCCUACCUUGUCAUGUCACCAUCAAUAAAGUCUUCUGCACCCAAAAAAAAAAAAUAAAUAAAUA